AUGAAUAUAAUAUCAAAUAAGACAAAUCAAAAAAAUAAAAAGCCUAAUUCAAAUGUAAUCAAUGCUGAUUCUUUGGAUAUUACAUAUAUUUGUCCCAGAAUUCUUGCUAUGUCAUUUCCAGGAGAUGGGGAUUCAACAUAUAUCAAUAAGAUAGAUGAUGUAGGGUUAAUAAAAUUAUCAUUAGGUUGCACAAUAUUUGCAAUAACGACACCAUAAUGAUUAUUAGAUAUAUAAUUUAAGUGGGAUGCAAUAUGAUCAUACUAAAUUUAAAGGAAAAAUUUAUACUUUUGUAUGCAAUAGUUCUAAAUAUAUUUUAGCCAUGGGAAGAGAAAUCUACACCUAAUUUAGGAUAUUUGUUUAUGUUGUGUAAACAUAUUGAUGAUUUUUUAUCAUGUAUUUUAAGAAUCUAUUCUAAGCAAAAUUAUCAAAUGUAGUUGCUGUACAUUGUAUUAAUGGAAUUGGAAGGAGUGGUACUGCAAUAUGUUGUUAUCUAUUAUACAGUGGUCGAUUUUCUAAUGCUGAAGAAGCAUUAUUUUAUUAUGACAAGUAGAAACAUUUAAAUGGAGGUGGAAUCACUAUGCCUUCAUAAUUAAGAUAUGUGUAGUAUUUUGAGAAGUUAGCUUUUAUCAGUUAAUCAUUAGAAUACUAUUCUAAAGAAAUAUUCAUCCACCUAUUAAAUAUUUGACAUCUAUAGUUAUACAUGGAAUCCCAGACAUUUAAGAUAAAUAAUGUAAACCUUUUUUAGAAAUUUAUACUUAUGAAAAAUCUUGUAAGACUUUGAAAUACACAGAUAAACUAGAAGUAUUAUCAAUCUAAAUUUAGUAUAAAGAUUAAAAGAAAGCAAAAGAUUUAAUGUUGAAAGAUAUUGAAUUAAUUAGAAUUAAUAUAGGCAAACCUUUUUUGGCAAUUGGAGAUAUAAUGAUUAAAUUUAAUCAUAAUGGUAUUAUAAAAUACAAUAAUGAGGCCAUUUUGAAGUGGAACCAAUGUUUCGAGUUUCCUUUAAUACUGCCUUUAUAGAAGACAAGUAUAUACAAUAUUCUUAUAUAAUAGCAAAUUGAGUUUCAGGAAUGAAGAUUUAGAUCCUUCAAAAUUACAAAAAGAUAAUAGAUUUCCUGCUGAUUUAAAUAUUGAGAUUCAGUUUAAAGAAUUCUGUAAAUGCACUAAUGAAAUAUAAUUUAAUUAAAGGUGUAAAAGUUGUUAAAACUUGUCCAAACAACUUUGUCCUGAUUGGGAAUUAAUAUAGAAUAUUUUAAAUGACUAUACUAAACAUAGUAUUGAAGAGUCAUAGAUCUUGUUAUUUGGAGAUGCUGCAUUUGAUAAUCUCAAUUAUGUUAAAUAUCAAACAUGUAAUAAUAAUUGUUAAGAAAUUUUUAGUUUAAGGAGGACGUGUUCGAUCUGAUAUUAUUAAGGAUAUUGAUGAUGAUUUUUGAA